AUCCACCGGGCGGGACGCCACAGCAAGCCAGGCCCGAAAGGCUGCGGAGUGCGCGGGCUGCUCGGUAUCCUGCGCGCUCUACACUCCUCCUCUUCCUCUUCCUUGGCUGCCCACCCCCAAGUUCCGACUCGCUUUUUCACCUUGGAAAAGCCUAGGGAGGGGGUUAGGAGCAGCCGCGCCCCCCUCCCUGCUGCCGCCACCCCCUGCUUUUUCGGCUCCGUUCCCCGCCGCGUGCGCCUGGGCUGUGCGCCCCGGCAGGCCCCAGCCAUGUCGAUGCUGCCGUCGUUUGGUUUUACGCAGGAGCAAGUGGCGUGCGUGUGCGAGGUUCUGCAGCAGGGCGGGAACCUGGAGCGCCUGGGUAGGUUCUUAUGGUCGCUGCCUGCCUGCGACCACCUGCACAAGAACGAGAGCGUGCUCAAGGCCAAGGCGGUGGUCGCCUUCCACCGCGGCAACUUCCGCGAGCUCUACAAGAUCCUGGAGAGCCACCAGUUCUCGCCUCACAACCACCCCAAACUGCAGCAACUGUGGCUGAAGGCGCACUACGUGGAGGCGGAGAAGCUGCGCGGCCGACCCCUGGGCGCCGUGGGCAAAUAUCGGGUGCGUCGAAAAUUCCCGCUGCCGCGCACUAUCUGGGACGGCGAGGAGACCAGCUAUUGCUUCAAGGAGAAGUCGCGGGGCGUGCUGCGGGAGUGGUACGCACACAAUCCCUACCCCUCGCCCCGUGAGAAGCGGGAGCUGGCCGAGGCCACCGGCCUCACCACCACCCAGGUCAGCAACUGGUUUAAGAACCGGAGGCAAAGAGACCGGGCCGCCGAGGCCAAGGAAAGGGAGAACACUGAAAACAAUAACUCCUCCUCCAACAAGCAAAAUCAACUCUCUCCUCUGGAAGGGGGCAAGCCGCUCAUGUCCAGCUCAGAAGAGGAAUUCUCACCUCCCCAAAGUCCAGACCAGAACUCGGUCCUUCUGCUGCAGAGCAAUAUGGGCCACGCCAGAAGCUCAAACUAUUCUCUCCCAGGCUUAACAGCCACGCAGCCCAGCCAUGGCCUGCAGGCCCACCAGCAUCAGCUCCAGGACUCUCUGCUUGGCCCCCUCACCUCCAGUCUGGUGGACUUGGGGUCCUAAGUGGGGAGGGACUGGGGCCUUGAAGGGAUGGUUGGAGCAGCAACCAACUGCAGUGACUAGGGACACUUGUAAAUAGAAAUGAGGAACAUUUUUUGCAGCUUGUUUCUGGGGUUCUUUGCGCAUAAGGAAUGGUGGACUUUCACAAAUAUCUUUUUAAAAAUCAAAAACAAAAGCGAUCUCAAGCUUAGUCCUGCUCUUCUCUCCGACUCUUUCCACUUUUGCACUUCCCCUCUCAGUGCAGAGAUCAGGAAAAACAAAAACAAAAAAACCCAAACAAACAAAAGCACCCAGUCACCCAGUCUCAGUUCUUGUUUGAAUGCUCCUGCUUCAAUAGCCUUUCUUUUUUUCAAUGAAUGGGAAUUACAAAUCAACUGGAUUUUAAUUAUUUUCUUUUAAUUUAUUUAUGGAGAAAUGUAUUGGGAAGAGGAAAAGGAAAUGAAGAGAAAGAGAGAGAGAGAAAGACAGAUCAAAAUAGUGAAAAUAAGAGUCUCCAGCCUGGGAGAAACUGGUUGCAUUUUUAAGGUGAAUAGGAAAAUAUAAUCUUUUUUUGAUGGGAAAAAUCAAGUUUACAUUUUUCAUAUUUAGUGUUAAACAAUUUUAUGUAGAUUAAAAUGGAAUAACAGUAUUAGGGGGAAAAAAAGAAGUGCCUAAAUGUCUUAAUGCUCUUUAUGUGAGGCAGUUAGAAAUAGAAGUGACCAUUAGUAAUACAACUAUUUUCGUCAAAUUUAGUGGGUUUUUUUUGGUUGUUGUUUGUUUUCUUGGGUUUUUUUUUAAAUGACAAACUCUAAAAAUGUACCAAUGUGAAAAAACACUUUCCUGAAUGCCAUUACUUCUCAUGUCCUCAGAGCUUUCCUAUCUGUAGUCUAUUCCUGUUAAAGGUUUCUCCUGUUCCUAGUUUCUAGCUUGCAAAAGUAUGCCGACAAAUCUGGCAACCUGGUAUUUGUUACUAAAACAGCAUGUGUUUUCAGGUUUCUUUUUCUAUUGUACCUAAACCAGUCUAAAUUAAAACUUAGUAGAACACCGGGA